GCAAUUACUGAGACAUCUUGGACACUGUGCGAACCUAACCAAUAAUAAACGUCAAUAUUUCAGUUUUCUAAUGUUUAGUUUCUACUUUAGUGUUUUUCUCUAAGUACCAUGAUUGCCUAGGUUAGCCCUACACGAGAAUAACUAGCUCUAAGUGAAAGAGAGACAGGAAAAUGAUCAAAGCAAUUUUAGUGUUCAACAACCAUGGAAAACCCAGACUAUCAAAGUUCUAUCAGUACUUUGCUGAAGAUAUGCAGCAGCAGAUCAUAAAAGAAACCUUCCAGUUGGUCUCCAAACGGGAUGACAAUGUCUGCAAUUUUCUAGAGGGUGGAAGUUUAAUUGGCGGCAGUGACUACAAACUAAUCUACAGGCACUACGCUACUCUCUACUUCGUUUUCUGUGUAGAUUCCUCCGAAAGUGAGCUGGGAAUACUGGAUCUAAUACAGGUCUUUGUCGAAACACUGGACAAGUGCUUCGAGAACGUAUGUGAAUUAGACUUAAUUUUCCAUGUAGAUAAAGUUCACUUCAUCCUCAAUGAGCUAGUUAUGGGUGGAAUGGUUCUAGAAACCAACAUGAAUGAAAUCCUGACCAGGAUUGAAGACCAAAAUAAACUGGAAAAACAAGAGAUAUGGAAUAGCCACUUUCAAAUCGCACAAUCUCUCAGCUUUGUUUACGCAGAUCAUUUUAUUUAGCUGGAAUAUCGGCGGCACCAGCUCGAGCAGUAUCCGCAGUGAAAAACAUGAACAUUCCGCAACAAAUCAAAGACAUCAAGCUGCCUGAUUUGCCCCAGGCGAUCAAGGACCUCAAAUUCUGACCACUAAUCGGGAACCAGUUUCAGAUCAUGGAUGUAUCAUCCUCAGAUCGUCACUCACCAGAUGCUCGGUUCCUUCUAGAAGAUCCAUCUUCACCACGGUAUACAUAACAUUAAAUUAAGGCGAACACAUCGAACUAGUAGGGUUCGUUAUUUAAUCAGAUACUAUAUCUAUAAAGUUAAUAAAUUAAACUGUUUUAUAUA